AAGACAACAUUUUUUUCUUAAAUUCCUCCUCUGUCCCACUACCCAAACAUUUCCUCUAUCACCAAGCAAUAUAAAUAUCUUUUUAAAAAAAAAUUAGAUUUAUAGAACUGUUACACUUACAAAAUCUGUACACUAUUAUUUCAUAGCAAAAAGAAAAUAAUUUUUAUUAUAAGUAAAUGGGAGAUGAGAAAUUGGGGAUAAAAAUGGCUAAUUCAAGCAGAGAUCGUGAACUUCUCAUUCCGGUGGCUCACUCUGCCGCCGCUAUCGCCGUCGACGAUGAGUCCGCCAAUAGGCCUUCCUCUUCCUCUUCUCACCAUCACUCCGGCCGCGAGGUUAAUUCCACUUUCUCUAAAGUUGUUAGGAGCUGGGCCUCUAAGAAAUUCAUGACUGGAUGUGUUAUCCUAUUUCCUAUAGCAGUCACUUUCUACAUAACAUGGUGGUUUAUUCAUUUCGUGGAUGGCUUUUUCUCUCCAAUAUAUGCUCAUCUUGGAAUUGAUAUUUUUGGUCUUGGAUUUAUGACUUCAAUCACUUUCAUUUUUUUGGUCGGGGUGUUCAUGUCAUCGUGGCUGGGGGCAUCUGUUUUGAAUCUUGGUGAGUGGUUCAUCAAAAGAAUGCCAUUUGUUCGGCAUAUCUAUAAUGCUUCAAAGCAAAUUAGUUCUGCCAUAUCUCCAGAUCAGAAUACACAAGCUUUCAAGGAGGUUGCCAUUAUAAGGCACCCACGCAUCGGCGAAUAUGCCUUUGGGUUCAUUACUUCGUCUGUUGUCCUGCAGAACUAUUCAGGAGACGAAGAGCUAUGUUGUGUGUAUGUUCCUACAAAUCAUCUUUACAUAGGUGAUAUAUUCCUGGUCAAUGCAAAGGAUGUUAUUAGACCAAACUUGUCAGUCCGUGAAGGAAUAGAGAUUGUUGUAUCCGGUGGCAUGUCAAUGCCUCAGAUACUGUCAACCCUCGAACCAGGAAGUAUUCAAGUUGACAGAAGGUGAUCUUACGGAAACAGAGGGUAAAGAUGACAGUCAUCUGAGAAGUGCUCAGUCAUCAAUUUUUUCCCCUUCUAAAAGAUUUCCUUUUCUUAUUGACUUGAUAUGUGAGGUGUUAGAUUCAAUUCACUUACGUGACAACUGCUGCAGUGUACAAUGUAGGGAAGUAGCAAUGGUUUGAAAAUGUAGUUGGUUGAUAAUUUUAAGUUAAUAGGUUACUCGCCUUUUGCUCAACUCCUAACUUUGAGGUUAUGUUGAAUGUGCUGUGCUAUAAUACUCGAAUUUACAACA